GCACUGGCUGGGCCCGGCGCAGCGCUUCCGGGUUGGCCGCGGCGGCCGCGGGGCUGGGGUCGAGGCCGGGCGGCGUGAGUCCAUCGCGGGGGCGCCCGCCAGGUGGGCCCUACGGCCCCGACGCGGGCCGGGCCGGGCGCCCCGGAAAGAUCUCAACCUUCCUGGCCUCCAAAGAAGAUGGCAGACCCGGCCCCUGCGCCCCCAGCGCAGCUCGUGGUGGUACACUCGGACACUCACAGUGACACCGUGCUGGCCAGUUUCGAGGCCCAGAGAAAGAAGGGCUUUCUCUGUGAUAUCACCCUGAUUGUGGAGAGCGUGCACUUCCGGGCCCACAAGGCGCUACUGGCCGCCAGCAGCGAGUACUUCUCCAUGAUGUUCGCGCAAGAGGGGGGCGUGGGCCAGUCCAUCUACGUGCUGGAAGGCCUGGUGGCCGACACCUUCCGGAUCCUGCUGGAGUUCAUCUACACGGGCCGCCUGCACGCCAGCGAGAAGAGCACCGAACAGAUUCUGGCCACUGCUCAAUUCUUGAGGGUCUCUGAUCUGGUCAAGGCCUACACAGACUUCCAGAAUGACCACAGGAGCCCCGGGGAGGCCACAUCCGGGACCCCAGCAGGUGCCUCUGUGGUGGCGAUUUCCAACAAGAACGAUGAGCCAUCCAAGCGCAAGAGGGGAAGGCCAAGGAAGGUCAACAACAGCUCGCAGGAGAGGAAGACGCUGCUCCGGCCACACAGCCCGGCUCAGAACGGACCACACCUUGGGGGUGUGCCAGAGGAGAGAGCCAAGGAAGAUUCAGAACCUGCCGGUGAACUGUGCAGUACCGUGGGGCAAGUGUCCACCAGAAAAGAUGAGAACUGUGAUGCCAGGCCCCAGGAGGGGCAUGAACGCCAAAGUCGCCACAGCAAGCGCAGGAUUCGGAGAUCAGUAAAACUGAAAGAUUACAAGCUCGUGGGGGACGAAGACGGGGACCAGGGUGCAGCCAAGAGGGUUUACGGGAGCAGGCGGCGGCCCCGCAACCCCGAGGCCCGCUGCAAAGACUGUGGCAAGGUCUUUAAGUACCAUCACUUCUUAGCCAUCCACCAGAGGAGCCACACGGGUGAGCGACCUUUCAAAUGUAACGAAUGCGGGAAAGGCUUUGCCCAGAAGCACUCACUGCAGGUGCACACCAGGAUGCACACAGGCGAGCGGCCAUACACCUGUACCGUGUGCGGCAAGGCCCUCACCACCAAGCACUCACUGCUGGAGCACAUGAGCCUGCACUCAGGACAGAAGUCUUUCACCUGUGAUCAGUGUGGAAAAUAUUUCAGCCAGAAAAGACAGCUCAAGAGCCAUUACCGAGUUCACACAGGCCACUCAUUGCCGGAAUGCAACCACUGCCACCGCAAAUUCAUGGACGUAUCUCAGCUGAAGAAACACCUGCGCACACACACAGGCGAGAAGCCAUUUACAUGUGAGAUCUGCGGCAAAUCUUUCACAGCAAAGAGCUCUCUGCAGACCCACAUCCGGAUCCACCGGGGAGAGAAGCCGUACUCCUGUGGCAUCUGCGGCAAGUCCUUUUCAGACUCCAGCGCCAAGAGGAGGCACUGCAUCCUGCACACAGGCAAGAAGCCCUUCUCAUGCCCCGAGUGCAGCCUGCAAUUUGCUCGCCUCGACAACCUGAAGGCCCACUUGAAAAUUCACAGCAAAGAGAAACAGGCAUUGGAGGCCAGCAGCGCUUCUGGGGCUGGUGGCAACAGUGGUAGCAAUGCCAGUGGCGCUGAAGAGGUCCGGAACAUCCUCCAGCUGCAGCCGUAUCAGCUCUCGACCUCAGGGGAGCAGGAAAUCCAGCUCCUCGUCACCGACUCCGUGCACAACAUCAAUUUCAUGUCGGGGCCCAGCCAAGGCAUUAGCCUCGUCACUGCCGAAAGCACCCAGAACCUGAGUGCGGACCCUGCUGCCAACCUGACCCUGCUCACACAGCAGCCAGAGGAGCAGCUGCAGAAUCUGAUUCUGUCGGCCCAGCAGGAGCAGACAGAACACAUGCAGGGCCUCAACAUGAUCGGAACCCAGAUGGAGCCCUCUGCGACGGAGCCCGUGCACGUCAUCACGCUGUCCAAGGAAACCCUGCAGCACUUGCAUGCCCAGCCGGAACACAGCGAGGGGCUGCAUUUAGCAGCCAGCGCUUCAGACCCAGCUCAGCACCUGCAGCUGACCCAGGAGCCGUCUCCACCGCCUCCCGCUCACCAUGUGCCCCAGCCCACCCCACUAGGCCAGGAGCAGAGCUGA